CCCACUGCGGCUUACCCCGAAGGCGCUGCGAAAACCUCCCACAUUUCCCACAUGUCGCCGCCCACCAAAGCAGCGCCAAGUCACAGUUAAGCCUUUCCUGCUGCUCUUGCCCAACCCAAGCCCGAGCACGCACCUCUCUGGCCCUACAUCCAUUCCUAUUCCACCCACGCUUCCCAACCCCAUCCGCCGCCCUCGAAAUAAACAUUUGAUUCCAAGCCUCCGCCGCCUUGCACGCCACCUGCCAUGUCGCCUGCUUGCUGAAUGACAUGGGACAGGACGCUCGACUGCCCACUGCUGCUGGAUCAGUAUAGCCGCUGAGCAUGGAGGCGUGGAUGCCGGCGAAAAGGGCGAACCAGCCCACGGCCUACCAGGCCUCGCGCAACUGCGCGCCCUUCACCCUCCCCUCUCUCGGUGUCAUCCAGAUCUCGCCGGGCCACUACAUCGAACUCGAAGCCGACGCCCUCUUCGUCCCCCAAUGCCCGCCCAGUGCCCUAGCCCAAGUCAAUGGCCCCGACGGCAACGAGGGCGGUGUGCCCAGCACCGCCGACAUGAAAGACCCUUUCCAUGCUUCCAUUACCCCCCAGGCCUACGCGACUGGUGCCGCCACCGUCAUCGCCUGGAUGCUUGUUAUCAUGCUCAUAAUCACGCCUCGCACAUUCUUCGUCGGAGGCGCCUCAGGGAGAUCGGGACUGAUGGGUCGACGCGGCAUGAUCGGAGGCGCUUCAGGAGGAGGAUCCAUCAUUGGAGUAGGCACGCGUCCGUGGCUGCAAAAGGUUGCCGCCCUGACCGUCGCCAUCUCCCUCACCCUCGCAACUGCCGACACAUUCCAAAUCGCCGAAAAACAGUACAGCGCUGGAUACAUGGAUGCCAUGAAGUUACGUGACGAAGUCGUGUCUGGUAUGGAAAUCAAGGUGUCCCGUCUCAUAUCCGACAUUUUUCUUUGGCUCGCCCAGGUCCAGACCUUGAUUCGCCUCUUUCCCAGACAUAAAGAGAAGGUCAUCAUCAAAUGGGUUGGGUUCGCGCUUAUACUUUUGGACAUCACCUUCACCUCCCUCAACAGCUUCGGUCCCUACAGCAACAAAAGCAGCCCCCGUCACUUCGAAACCGCCAUUCCCGCCCUCAGUUACCUUUUUCAACUGUCCCUCAGCAUGCUUUAUGCUGCCUGGGUCAUGUAUUACGCAAUCACAAAGCGAAGAUACGCGUUUUAUCACCCGAUGAUGUGGAACCUCUCUUUAGUCGCCUUUUUGUCAUUCAUCGCCAUUUUGACCCCUGUGGUUUUCUUUAUUACCGAUAUCUCCAACUACACCAUUGCUGGUUGGGGAGACUACUUUAGAUGGGUUGGAGCCGCCGCCGCUAGCGUUAUAGUUUGGGAGUGGGUAGAGCGCAUUGAGGCUCUAGAAAGAGAAGAAAAGAAAGAUGGCAUCUUGGGUAGAGAAGUGUAUGAUGGAGACGAGAUGCUGGAUACCACGCCAUCACAUGAAGUCACGUGGCCCCGUAACAAUUGGGGGUCGGACGAAAAGAAGUCUGGAGACGGUGGGAACGGUGGAGUGUUCGCAACCGGUCAUACUGCCCGCCUUACCAAUAUUGCCCAUAGACUGGGCCGAACGAGGAAAGGAACACCCAAGACGGAGGCCCGCAAGAAACGCACCAUUCAUAUACCAGCACCACCCCCCGCGGUCCGUCGAUCCGAGUCUGCCCAACGCAGUAAUAGAGAUUCCCGAAACUACAUCCCUAUAUCAACCCCUCCAGCCGCUAUUGCGUCACCAGUUAGCAGGACGGAUACAGCAAGUGCAGAUAGUACCGUUUAUGCUGUGCGCUAUCAUACUGUCAGCGAAUCACCACCCGCAAUCCCGAAUCAAAUUCAAGAAAGUCCUGAAAAUGGCCCUGCGCCUGCAGGCAACAGCACGAAUGCUGUUCAAAAGGACCCUCUUGACUCGGAUCCUGAGAAGGGUGUCAUCGAAACAGAGUCAGAUUCUCUGGCUAAUAGAAGUAGGUGGAACUGGCAAGCUGUUGCCAGUGUGAAUCCAUUCCGGCGAAAAGGCCGUUCGCCUCCACCAGAAGUACAGCGUGGUCGUGUCAUCGAGCCGCUGGGAGUUGAGGAUGUUCCUGUGAAUAUACCUCAACGGAACUAUACUGGUUUGGCUCUCAAAGACCGACUCGGUACAUUCGCUGCACAGCAAGGAGAGAGAUUCAGAUCCAAGUCGAAGGAGGGAGCGCAAGCUGAAACCAACUUGCCCGUCACCAUCAUACCCGCACAGCCUCGUGGGAGGACCUGGUCUCCUGAGAUAUUGAAGCAGCAAGAGUCAUCCAAUGCUGAGUCGACUCCACAAGUGGACAGCGAAGCAUCCCACUCUGGCGACAACAGCCAACAGCCUGUUCAACAAGGCUCUGCAGCCGUUGCAAAGCAACAAGAACAAAGCCACUCCUCAUCGUCAAGUCGCAACUCCCAUGUAAGGUUUACCCCAGAAACAUUCCAGAGACCCAACGUGCGUCAUAAAACCGAAGGGCAGGACGAAGUCUCGCCCCACUUACCUUCGGUUGCUCUGGGAUCUGAGGUGCGCGACACGAUGCCAGCUACACGGCAGCUUCCAGGAGCCUCAGUUGAUCAUACCGACGUUCCGUCAUCUUCACAAUCCAACCGAACCGACCACGACAGAUGA